GUACGACGUCGGUUUAAUCGCGUGCCGCAGUAUCGGUAGUGUCGAACGAAAUACCGCAUUAAUUAAAGUGUAACGUGGUAAUUAGCCGGCAGUAAUUACCUGUCGAGUACGCUCGCGUAACAGCCCAAAGCUGGCCGCGUAUCGGGACUAACCGUUUCUCGAGUUUUCGUAACGAUAUACUACGAGGUUCGGAAGUGUCGAAACAAACCGGGAGACCGCCGAUAUCGUAUAAGUGCGUUUUUUUUAUAUAAUCUACCGUGAUAUGCACGUGAGUGAACGUUGGAAACGUUUGGAAAUAUGCGGAGAGUGGAAGCAGUUCGAACGAGGAAGAAGGCGAAGUGAGAAAGAAGAUGCAGAGAAAGGAAGGAGUUGGAGGGGGACGGGAGGGAGACAGAGCGAGGAACCACACGGAGACAGGAAGCAGUUGGCGAGAAGCAAUCGGCGAGAGGAAGCAAGAACGAUGUCAUCGGAUCGGCAAUUGUAUGUUCUUUACGUUGCCUGGGAUGAUGCGUGCGGUGAUUCUUCUUCUGAUCGCUGCGUCGGCUGCGGUAAGAGGUGAUGACUGCAUACGUCGUAAGGUCGAGUACGGAAUCGUAUGCGUUUGUAACUCAACGUAUUGCGACUACGUGCCGGAUGUACAAGUGCAGGAGAAUCAAUACGUUACGUACACCUCUACCGAAAGUGGCCAAAGACUGAAUAUUUCGAUCGGAAACUUCUCCAACGGAUACUCGUCCUGCGAUAUUACCAUCACAGUGGACACAAGUAAAGCAUUUCAGGAGAUAUUUGGAUUUGGCGGAGCGAUGACUGACGCUGCCGCGCUCAACAUUCGAAAUCUUCGUGAACCGACACAGCAAAAGCUGAUCGAAGCAUAUUAUGGUGCCAAAGGUAGCCGAUAUACCUUCUGCCGCAUACCUAUGGCAGGUACUGACUUCUCGACGAGACCGUACACGUACGCCGACACGCCCGGCGACCUUACGUUGUCUAAUUUCAGUCUCGUGGAGGAGGAUAAUUACAAGAUCGGUUAUUUGCACGAUAUGAUGAAGAUUAUGCCCAAUCGGGACGAUAUGAAAAUAUUUACUACCUCGUGGUCCGCGCCAGCGUGGAUGAAAGACACCAACAAAAUAACAUGGGGUGCAUUGAAACCUGAAUACUAUCAGCUAUAUGCCGAUUAUAUUCGUAAAUUCUUCGACGCAUACAAGGAGAAAGAUAUAGAUAUAUGGGGUAUGACCCCGGGUAAUGAGCCACUUGACGGAUACUUCCCCAUCUUCCCUUUUAACGCUAUGAAGUGGACCGCCACGACAGCGGCGAACUUUUGCACAAAAAAUCUACAACCGACCUUGUCCGAAGCUGGAUACGAGCCUACUUACAUGGCGUUGGAUGACCAACGUUUCUUUAUACCGGAAAUUCUUGAUAUUAUGUUCAAGUCUGAUAAAGCCAAGGAACUAUUUACUGGUACUGCGUAUCAUUGGUAUGCGAACAAGCUGUUCUCGUUAUCCCGAUUGGACAAAUUGCACAAUGAGUAUCCGAAUAAAUUUAUACUGAUGACCGAGGCGUGCACCGGCAGCAGCCUCCUUGAGAGAGAAAAGGUGAAACUUGGAUCAUGGGAACGAGGGGAGAAGUAUCUUCAAGAUAUAAUCGAGAAUAUGUUACAUUGGGUGUCCGGAUGGGUGGAUUGGAAUUUAGCGCUCGACAAACACGGCAUGCCGAAUUGGGCUAAAAACUAUGUGGAUUCGCCUAUUAUUGUAAUGCCGGAGAAUGACGAGUUCUACAAACAACCCAUGUAUUACGCGCUUUAUCACGUCAGCAAAUUUGUUCCGCGCAAUUCCACAAGAAUUUCUUCAGAAUUUAGCUAUAAGAAUUGUUUUGAAGACUAUUCAAAUGUUAAAGCUGUAGCUUUCUGCACAAACGAGGGAAUCGUGAUCGUGAUCAUGAACAAAGAUAAUAUUCCCCACAAUAUCUGCAUUCAAGACGAUGCCAUGUCCGGUAAGAUAUGUCUACAGCAACCCGAGAAAUCUUUCACUACGCUGAUAUAUCGAGCACCACAAGAAUGCGGAAAGUCGACUAUUUAAGACUUUAGACGCGGAUAAAUAUAUGUAUCUACAAAUCCUUAUCGCCCUGCCCUUUACAAGGGAAAUCAGGGCUGUGUGACAAUGUAAAUAUUGUGAUAAACAUGUUUGAGAGGAACGAUGGAUCGUAUGGAUUGUUAUGGAAUUAUACGUAUCGUUGCAAAA